AUUAAGACUCUAAUGGCGGUCCACUUUAGCUCGCUUUCAAAUGAUGAGCACCCACGCGCAAUAGGUUCGAUAGGACGGAUAGGAUGAGAAUGGCAGUUUUAGAUGUUUUCUUUCGCUUUACGUGUUCCGUUGACCAAUAGUCAUCAGUACCUUACAGCGUAGUGUUUGCCAAAACAAAGCAUCAUUGUCUUAUUUGAAUCUGCGGAGUUUAUUUACAACGAUGAAUAGAGAACGUACAUAAUAAAAGCCAGAAGACACGAGCACCCCACAACCCGUCGUUCAGUACCAUGGAGAGCAAUCUUGAAUUGCAUCAAAAUAUUUCCGUGUUCUUAACUUGUAACAUUUAUGCAAUCUUUAUUUUAUUGAUUCUCGAUCUCGAUGAUGAUCCCAUGGGAUGGAUUACAUGUGCCGUUCCAUAUUUGCUCAUCUUUGUCCCUGCACAGCUCACAGGGCGACUCAAGAGUUAACGCGUUAUGUAACACCCAGAGGAUGCUCGUCAUCAUGUGCGCGCACAGUCAGAGGUCCAAUGGUGUAUGUCCUCUCCGGGUCCAUCUGUACUGUAGAACACAACCUGGUACCAGCAACUGGACGUGUAUUUGUGCGACGUAACCGUCUUCGUGGGACCGCUGCAAAACAUCAGUGAGAAUCUACUACAUGAAACACAAUGGGACCAUUCCAGGAGUAUGAGCAGGAAAAGAAGUCUCCACAGAAAGGAAGCCCUCGGAGUCGCAUCCCACGUUUGGUCCUCCAUCCCUUCCAGCCAAAGGGCAAUGGCUCUCCUCUUUCUGACUCUCCUUUCUCAGAGGAGGAGGGCAAAGAGUGUGACAUCAGCUCAGAUCACUCCAAAAGAACGAUCAGCACCAACAGUUUUUACUCAGAUGACACUGGCUGCCCCACUAGUCAGUCUGUGUCCCCCUCCAAAACUCCGUCAGGCUCAGAGGAGAGUGCCCACAGCUCGCCAACACUACCCGAGCGUAAGGCCAAAGUGAAGAGGGUACGAGUCAUGGCUGAGGGCAGUCGUGAACCACGGAGUACGCCAAAGCACAAGAAGGCGCUGAGGUCGGCCAUGAAAACCAGAGGAAGUGAGGCAGAUUUUAGCUCCUCCAGCAGUACAGGGAGCCUAAAGAGAAGAGAGAGCCUCACCAAAUCUGGAAAGAAGACUCUCUCUCGCAGUUUGCUCCCAGUCUUCAAACCAGCAGGGAGCCCGUCCAACCGUGAUGCAGAGCUAUACGCUCCUUACCAGACUCCACCCAGAGCUGCAUCGUCAACCAAUAGUAGCAGCUGUAACUCCAGCCCUACAUCCAGGAGAGUGAACUUCAGCCGCUACCAUUCAUGUGGCGAUAACCAUGGAGUCAGACCCCCCAACCCUGAGCAAUACCUCACCCCUCUGCAGCAAAAAGAAGUGGUCAUCAGACACCUGAAAACAAAGCUACUGGAAUCUGACAGCAGGGUUCAUGACAGGGAGGCAGAAAUUGUGGAUCUCAAAGGCCAACUCAGCAGAAUGAGAGAAGACUGGAUUGAGGAAGAGUGUCACCGGGUUGAGGCCCAACUGUCUCUCAAAGAAGCCCGUAAGGAAAUCAAACAGCUGCACCAGGUUGUGGAGACCAUGAAGAGCAGCCUGAUGGAAAAAGAUAAGGGAAUACAGAAGUACUUCAUCGACAUCAACAUCCAAAACAGGAAGCUGGAGGCCCUCUUGCAAAGCAUGGAACUUGCUCAGAGUGAUGCCAACCUUCAAGAAGACAACACACAGGAAUUCCUCUUUCAGAGCCCUGAUAUAGUUGGGAAAAAGAUAGUUGGGGAUGAAGAAAUUGGAAUGGAGCUAGGAGAUCAAGGGGUGGAGGCCAUGGCUGACAGUGGGCUGCUAAUAAAUGACGAGAUGGCCAACAGAGGUGAUAUUUUGGAGCAGGUCUUCAUGUCCACUCCAGUAGAUUUUCGUCUGGACUCCAUCAACAAGCCGAAACCUGUGAUCGAAUCAGGCUUUGGAAUGUCCAUAUUAUCGGAAAUAUCCAAUCCAUCUCCACCAGCCAUACCAGCUACUAUCAACAGCUGCGUUUCAUGCUCUGUUAAGAAGACCGAAGAUAAGAAUCUCCAGACUGACAUAAUGCCGAUGUCACAUGACCUUCAGGCUCUCCUUUACCAGCUUCUCCGACUUGAAGGGAGUAGAAGGCAGACUUUGUCCAUCUCCAGCACUGUUCUGGGUCUCCCAAACCUGGACACCCCUACGGCCACUUCUGCACAUUUCCCUGACUUGAGCUGUCCCCCACCCAACAUGCUGACCCCUACUCCACUUGACAGCAAAAUCAUCACAACUGACUCGGGCAUGGGCGACUCAGAACUGGUGGAGAACCCGCGGUUCAUGGAUGAGCUGGAUUUUGAGGUGAGCACAGAGAAACAACAUCCUUCACCAGGAUCAGGUGUGAUCACCAAGCAAUACUGGAGCAACAGUUUCCUGGUAGAUCUGGUUGCCGUCGCGGCGCCUGUGCUCCCCACAGUGGCUUGGCUAUACUCGCGACACGGUGUGGAUAAAAGCACUCCAGUCAAUAUUGCCGCUCUCAUCAGAGGCUGUUGCAUCAUGGGAUUGCACUCCCUUCGUCACAUUGCUCACAAGCCAGACGUAUAAUAGCUUCCGACUUGCAGGCACACGGCUCACUUUGAAUUAGAAGCACUUGAGCAUUUUUGAGAAUAUAUACCUAUAUUUUUUGCUUUUCCUGAACACCUUUCCGCUGUUGUGAGUACAUCACUAUAUUUAAGCAAAAUUAUGACAUGGAAGGGAAUAUUUAUUAAGGAGUGUAUAGUUUAUUUAUAGUUUCUCAAUAAGAUGAUCAUCUGGGUCGAUGGUUUUUCUUAUUGUUUUAUAGAUGCUGUCCCAGGUCAUCCUUGCUGAAAAUCAAAGCACUUGUUCAGUUUUUGGGAAACAAAAGAUGGAAUGUUUGUAUCAGUUUUGUAAUGUUGAGUUGUCCAAAAAUGAACUUUAAUCCUUCAGCCAAAGCUUUAAUGUAAAAUCUAUUUUUUCCUCUCUUUCCCCCCAAAUAAGCAGAGAUUUAUUACUGUAAGUUGACCCUUUUGUAUGAACUGAAAGUUGAUGUUUCACAGCAAAUGACAGUUUGUGCCUAUAUGUGCAAUACCUGUACCCGUGGUUUGCAUCAGAUGUCCGUGUAUAUUAUUAAAGCAUGAUUAAUACAGUA